AUGUGCCAACACGGGGACCGUACACUCACACAAUACUACCAUGGUGAUCCCUACGCCAACUACUCAUGGCCUGACGGUGAAGGCGGACUCACCCCUAACGGUAAGCGCCGGAUGUUUGGCGCGGGACAACAAUUUAGCCAUUAUUACAGCCACUUCCAGGGCUUAUCGCCCAAACACAUACACCAACGCAGUACUGACGUCAACCGGUGUCUGGAAAGUGCCUACUCUUUCGCGGCCGGUGUGUACCCAACUCGGGGCCGCUGGGUAUGGGACGAGCCCACGGAGUUGUCCCACUUGUGGCAACCAAUGGCCGUGUCGUCAGUGCCCACCGAUAUAGACGCCAUGCUUUACUGGGCGCCCAACUGUCCGGCAAUCGAUCGGCAAAUUAAUAAAAUUAUAAAUGGUAAACCUGUGCGCGACUACCUGUUCACUCAACGCUGGUUUACCGACCGUUUGCACCGGUAUUUGCCCAACGUCAACAUAACCACCUUGGCCAAUUACUACGAUUUGUACGACACCUUAUACGCCGAGUUGUACUACGAUCAGCCCUUACCGCCGCCCGAAUGGCUGCGCGCUAUGGGUGUCCAACAGACCAUAAACGAACUUGCUAAGCUGGAAUUGGCCUGGUAUGAAUUUGUAUAUGGUGAUCUAUUUGUGCAGCGUCUACGGGCUGGUUUAUUAAUUAACCAGAUCAUUUUGAAUGCCCGUAAUAUUACCAAACAAUUGAUUGCCGGAACCUAUGGCGGAGAUCUACAGACCAAAGUGUAUGAGUACUCCACUCACGAUGAGAUGGUAUACCCCGUGACCAGAGCUGUGUCCGGUGGUCGCCCGCCCUACCCAUCCUAUAAGUCGGCCAUAGUGUUUGAACUGCACCUGGUCAACCGGGAGUUUGUUAUGAAGGCUUAUUUUUGGUACAAUGAUGUACAGUAUAGGUACCAGAUUUCACCGUUGGGUUUGUGCGGCGGUGCCGAUGGAAACCAACGCGUAUACGGGUGUGAAUUGAAUCGAUUUGCCGCAAGUGUUGCACAUUUAAUACCCGACAAUUGGAGCCGGGAUUGCGGUCUUAAUUAUACGCAAACUAUUUAUACGAAAAAAUAA